UGCUCUUGCGGGCACUCAGAGCAGUCGAGAGAAAACAGUCGUGAUCACCUCACACGGAGUGCGUGCGCGCGCGCGAUAUUUCACCGGAACGACAACGACGACAGCAGGCGACGAACGUCCGCCUCGAGCUCUCUGCAACUAUUCGGUUCGAUCGCAUCCGUUGGGCUGGUCCUAGUGUUUUUCGUUCCCUUUAAAAUACAUCGAGCCUUCGAUUGCGUACCGGUUUUACCCGAUCGUGUGUUGCCCCGUCCCUUCUGCGGCAGAUUGCCUGUUUGCCAGCAGGAGAAACGAAAAAAAAAACAAGCGACGUAAUCCUUACGGGAAAACGUCACAGCGAAACAUCCUGCUAGGCCAUCAUUUGGUGUUUUGGGGGGCUAUUUUUCGUGCCAAAAAAAAUCCAGUGAAGAACGAAGUAAAAGAAGCGAAGGAAAACAAAAACAAUGUUUAUCAGUGCGUGUUACACCGUCAGCAGCGGGAGUGUUUUCCAGUGGACCCGUAUUUUGUGGUAAACUUCGCGUAAUUUUCGCGUCUCGGUUCGCGCGACCCUACUAGAAAUAAUGAAUGGAAUGCUGGUGCGAAGUGUUGAUGUUACUGUUAUGAAAAGUUGUCCGUGGAAUACGGUCCUGAAGUAAGGAGCGGAAGUUUAUGAAGGAGAGGUGAAAAAAUACCUUGUGAAAACCUUGUUAAAAAUCAUUUGUGUGAGAAAGUAUCGAUGAUAAAGCAGUGAUAUAUUAAACGAAAAAAUAUAAGUGAUUCAGUGAAAGAAAAGUGCUGUGGUGCUUAUCUAACUUCAUCAACAAAGCUGCAAAAAUCUACAACAGUGCAAUCGAAGCAGGCUACCUACCGUAUGAGAAGCAUCUACUGAACCUGCGAAAUAAGCACACAAAUUCCACCAACAAGUGGUUACUUUGCAGGGGCACAAAAAUUCAUCACAGUUGGUGCUAAUGAUCGUGCGCGUUUGUACGGCCAGGCGCUAAAGUGGUUCGGUGUGACAGGGAGCAAUCCCGAAACCACGUUCUGCACGAACGCAGUAGGCGCGAAAAUACCAGAAUCGAGUGCAAAAUCUCUACCACCAUCCCCCGCCCCGCCCCCUUCUAAAUGAAUUUCGUCGGCAUCCUGCAAUACGAAGGUGUUUGCUAGUGUGGCAGCUCUGUUGCAAAAACCCCGUCCCAAAUGCACGAUACACAUCAACAUCUGUCACCUUGUCUACCUUCCCUAUCCAGUACCAACCGAACCGAUCGCUCGGAAGGAUUGUCACAUUCCCAACAUUGUACAACGUCCCAACAAUAAUUCAGCGUAUCAAAGACAACAAAUCCAAAGAUAGCGUGGAAGCGUGCAAAUUUUAGUAGUAAAACACUUCGUAUCGGUAUCGACAUUCCACGGAGAAGAGUAAAAAAAAAACCCAGAGCUAAAUAAACGGUUGUACUAAGUAGAUAUUGGUACAACAGCAAUCCAACCCACCAUAGAGAACAGUACUACUGGUACGUGAGCUAAAAAGUGAGAGAGAGAGAGAGAGAGCGAGGAUACUGUAACCAGGGCAUCCCGAAGGCUUGGUCGGUUUAGUAUACAACACCCCACAUUUCAACGCUGUGCCCGGAGUACGAAAAAGCAGUGCUUAAAUGCUUGGAGUUAGAAUGCUGAUGCUGCACUAUAGCAAACACGGCGAGUGCAUACUCCAGGAAAUUGGUGCAGCAUUUCGCGGAGAGCAUGCGACCGAUCUGCUACUCAUCUGCGAUGGCAAGGAGACUGUGCGGGCACACAAGCUGGUACUGGCCGCUGCCAGUCCACUCAUACGCAUGAUUUUGGAAGAGACUCCAAUGCUGGAGGGCGAAACUACCGUAUACUUUCCGGAUGUGCAGGUAUGCUACUUCCGGCUGCUUCUCGACUUUCUGUACUCCGGCCAAGUAUAUGUACCCGCCAACGAGGUGCACCAUCUGCAAGAUCUCUUAGCGUUAUUACAAAUUAAGCCGAGCAUAUGGAAAAACUCCGACUGCUCCAAUGACAGUGAAUCACAAAAGUCAGAACCCUUGGUCGAUAUUAACCGGAAUGAGGGUAUUGGCGCACUAGAUCAUCGUCGAAGGCGCACGAAAAGCCAGCAGGACCGUACGGGGUCCCGGGACGGUAGUCCAGCGAGCCGGAAGGUACGCGUGAAACGGGAGCACCAUUCGGCGGGCAGCUCGGAGGAUGGCGGUGAUCGGGACGAUGCCGAUUAUAUGGACGAGGUCGAAGAGGCGAUCAUCAAAAGCAACAACAACCUGCAGCAAAUCAAUCGGCACGAUGAGGACGACGGUGGUGGGAGUGCACCGGGCGGCGGAGGCAGUGGAACGGUCGGUGACGAGGGUGGCAGUACGGCGGGUGAGGCAAGAAGUGAAUCGAGCAGUAGCAGGGGGGGUGGUGACGGUACGGUUGAAGCUUCCCGCACGUCCAAUGUCGACCGAAGGACUCCAUCCGUUCGGCACAGUGGUGGCAGCGCCUGUGAUCCCGAUCCGGAAGAUGAUGAAGAUUUUGAGCUAGACGUGGAGGAUCGCGACCUGGAUGAGGAGGCACGUGCCGAAGCGACCAGCCGAACGCCGAACAGUGCCGGUGGCAGUGAGACGUUACGCAGCCGGCGACGUAGCUCGUCCGAUCCGGUGAAUCUGUCGAUCGUGAAGCAACAGCAGCAGCAUCAGGAUGGUGAUUCGGACGAUGCCAAUAUCGAUGUCGAAACGAUAGGCAACGCACCGACGAAGAAUCUGCUUCCCACACGAUAUUUGGAUCCGUUUCGUACCAAGCGGAAAGCGUACUACAUACAGUCCGAUGCGGAAUCCUUGAAGCCGCUCGAGCACGAGCUGCUUCACGGUUCGCCGGACAACUAUGUCGUGACACCGCACCGGAAGCGACGGCCCGGAUUUCACAACUCACCGGCACAGAAUCCACCAUUCGUGCCGAGCUAUUUGGAGGACUUGCGGACACGCAAGUGCUUCCUCUCUGCACCACCGACGUACCUGCCAGAUGCGAGACCCGGAUCACCUGGUACACCCCGUCCCACCGACAUUGCGGCCCUCGGUACCAACCAUUCGUCCAGCAAUAAUAACAACAAUAACACCAGCAGUAAUAACAACAACCGGAUACGUCCGCCCAGCGCCGACAACAAGCUAGCGGUCGCACCGUUCGUGUACCCUUGGCCGUCAGCUGCCCUUGCUGCGCUGCCCGGUGGACCGGCGGAUUUGCUAGCGGUGCCGUAUCUGCACGCGGCCAGCGCCAACACCGAUACCAGCCCUGCCGAACUGAUACAGCAGAUGAAAAACUUUGAAAACAGUCAGGCCGAAGCGGUACUGAGUGCUCGGUCGGGUGGUAGUGGAGCGUGCGGUGGAAGCGGUGGCAGUGCUGCCAGCAGUUUAGCAGGCAGCGGUUCCGGAUCUACCGCCAGCGGUGGAGGUGGAGGCGGUGGAGCAGGUGGAGGUUUAAGCAGUGGUAAUACGCCGGUGCGCGAAUAUCGGUGUGAGUACUGUGGCAAACAGUUCGGCAUGUCCUGGAACCUGAAGACCCAUCUGCGUGUUCACACCGGUGAAAAACCGUUCGCGUGUCGGUUGUGUGUCGCCAUGUUUAAGCAAAAAGCGCACCUGCUAAAGCAUCUCUGUUCGGUGCAUCGCAAUAUCAUCAACUCGCCGGAAGCGGGCGGUCGCUACACGUGCUGCUUCUGCACACUGUACUUCGAGACGCUACAGGAGCUGGUUCGCCAUCUGUCCGGGCACCAUAACAACUUGCUACUGAGCAAAAACCUUCACGAAUGAUACGCAAUGCCUCCGGUGGUGAUGUCACUGUCCGGUACUAGCGAUCGCUCCACCGUUCGUCAGCCGAUUGAUCGAACGCCGAUCGAGUACGAGCAGAGCUAUCUGAGACGUUACUUCCAGCGUCACCAUCGGUUCGAGCUGUACGCGUCACUGUAAUCCCUCGCCCUCCCCCAGGGGGUGAUCCAGCGAUCCGACGACAGACAGGUAAUCGUAUCGAAGCAAUAUCGUUCACAAAAAGCACAGGAGGCGUAGUAUCAAGCGGGAAUGGAGGAGGUUGGCAAAACCAUGCAUCUCUUUCCAAUAUUUAAACAAAUCUAGUGUUGAACGCUGACUUUUCUGGAGAUAAAAGAAAACACACACACACACACACCCACAGAAAUACUCCGUCAAUUCAUUCCACUAAAAGGUAGCCAAGUAGUGUUAGUGGUUAAUCAGUAGUAGUAACGGAAGUGAUCGCCUCAACGUGCGCGCACCGAUAGAUGUUGGACAUGAAAACAAUGGUUUUUGAAAUUUUGCCUUGAUUUUCCUCAGGAAGAUUGAACAUUUCAAAACUCAAAAACCCAUUUGUUUGAGCCCACCGUACCAUGUGGUUGAAGUGUUUCUGGGCAGCGUGUAUCGACAAAUAUUGGGCGCGAUCUCGCGAUAGGUGUACUUCCGUAAUUAAUAUACACAUUUUCGUCUGAAUUUUACCGACCAUCGUUAUCAUCGUUUGUGAUCGUCAAAAAGAAGAAAAAAAAACAAAACAAAGCAGCUAUACUUAACGUAGAAGAAGACUUCAGGAGGGGAGGUAAUGUGAGGCGUCUCCAUCGGUCGAUUCUUACCGUUUUGCUGUCGUACUGGGAUACUAGUGUAUACGCUUGAUAAUGUGCAUGAUUGAAACGGUCAACGCAGUUAAGUAGUUAGAACUGAAACAUAUGCAAAACUUUACAUCCCUUUACUCACCCGUUGAGCUGCGUGCCAAACUGCGUUCACUUCUCUCCAUCGUUCUAAUUGUCGUCAUCAAGAAAAUAUUCAAACCGCCCCCCUACAUUAUCCGUACCGAGGGUGUUUUGUGUUUUGCUGCACCGUUCCAGGAUGGUCAGAUAACUCCUCUGCUUCGAUAUUAAUGUGCUUUUGGAACUUACUCGCUGCAAUGAGAGGAGUUGGUUUAUUUAUUUUAUCCUUCGCGUUGUUAUUCGUUGUUAACGAUUAUUGAGCUUUCUAAAACAAAGAAAAACAAAUAGACAAAAGAUAAUUCUAGCUUUGCUUGUUAUCACAACGCAGCUACCGAAAUUUAGACGAAAAAGCUUAAAACUGCAUGUUGGCAAUGAAGUUGUUUCUAUUAUAUACAACUUACAGCACAGAAUUCUCACAAAUCCAGCGUCCGUACAUAGGAGAAGAAAAACACUUCAUCCAUCGUAGUUUUUGUAUGCGGAACGACGAAUGUAAAAGCAUUUUCCGAAACUAGCGUGCACUUGAUGCGUGCAAAACGAGAGCAGGUCUCACACAUAAGCUUUUGGGAUAAUGGCACAAGUUCACUUACCAAUACUCAUCCAGGUCUGUAUCGUUGUGCUUUGGUUGCACUUGCUUAAUUUUACGCAUGAAGUCACACACACACACACACUUUUGGAAAGGAUAUAUUUUGUGUAAAAUGUAAAAGAAGGAUCCCUCCCGGAAAUCCCUCCGGCAUAUUUUGCUUAAUACUCCACAAAUAUUAAAACAAAUAAAAAAAUACUAACACCCCAAAUGGUGAUACAGCAUACAAGCAACAAAAGAAGAGAAAUGUGUAACCAUUUUAAAUAGGAAAAAAAGGAAAAAAUGAAAAGCACUGGAACUGCCAGGUUUCCAGUAAAACUGUGAACAGUUUAUAAGUAGUAUGAUAAAAGCACACUGUAAUACUAAUAAAAAAAAGACCGUUAAAUGACAAAACAAAAACAAAGUAAACAAACACAAACACAACAGCAAAAAGGACAUACUUAAGCGUACGCAUAUAUUAUAAAUAGCAAACUAUCAAACGCACACGCCUCCUUGCGUGCGUAUGGCGUGGUGUGUCUGUGUGUGUGGGUAUUUAAAAUGCGUGUGAUCUGCGUGAGGGAACGACAUUCGAAAGAUGGGGAAUUUGUUAUUAGUAAACAGAUGGUACAAAUUAUAAGUAUAGGGGCAUCGUAGGCAAGAAGCAUUAGCUAACAAUGGCUAGCAAAUCUGGCAAUAAAAAAAGGCAGCAUGGCGUCAUUAAAAAAAGGAUACAAUUUAAGAUUAAUUUUGUUUUUUUUAGCGUUUGCUGUUAACAGUUUUUUUGUCGCGUGGCAAACGUGACAAACAUUGGGAGGCCACCAAUGUGCUGUUUAGACAUUUCAGACAACCUUCUUUCAUUCCGUAAGUGUUACAAACUUAAAUACAAUGUAGCAUAACUAGUAGCGAACAAAUGGCAAAAAAAGACAUGUUUGUGCUUGAAGUUUGGUACAAACGCACCAUAAUUAAAUCGUUCUCUCGUUACUUGUUUUAUGUUUAUUUUAAACUUUUUCUUUUGUUAGCAUAUUGUAUGAGGAAGAAAAUCACACCAAUAUAAGAUAGCGAAAGUGUAGUGUUGCAUAAAGGAGGUUUGGCAGCAUAUUAUAUCCUCACUACGUAUUGGCAGCCAAAAGUUUUGGGUCUCUCUCUUCGGCAUCUUAAGCGUCAGUCAGGGAAGCUGUAUGUCACGCUUUUAACCAGAGAGAAUUCUUCAGCAAUGUGCUCCAAGUACUAUAGUACUAGGGUGUGUAAUAUAGUAGCAUCUAGUUGAUUAGCACCCAUUAAAGGGGUUCCUUUUGUUUUCUCUACCCACACUUCGUACGAGGUGCGUGGAUUAUGUAAAUAGGCACCAACAAGCGGAACAAACGCACUUAACAAUGGCUGGCGAAAAGCAAAUGUUAUUUUUUCCCCGCCUUUUUUUGUUUUUAAUAUACUUUCCAACACCUUUUUAUUCAACGUUACAUUUCACUCAAGCACUCAACACUCUAUCGUAAGGACAAUAAUUUAUAAAAAAAAAAUGAAAAACAAUUAAAAAACCAACGGAAUCCGUAUGACCGACAAGGCACGAACCUUGCUGUGACAAGGGGCGACUUGGACGGUAUGGGGAACCUAAGCUUGAAUGCCAAAAAAUCAGCAAAUAUAAGGUUUACAACCUGAAUUCAUUGAAGGAUGUGUAUUUAUAACGUUUAGCUUCAAAACUCCCGCCACACGACAUGUGCACAUGUUUCCUUUUUUUAUACAUACAUAUAUGAAGCAUGUAACUGUAGUAAAAUGCACAGAUUUCCAACCUUUUUUACCCCCUAGCAUUACAGUAAAUACAGACACACACACACACUUUUCCUACACGCUUCCAAGACAUAAUGUGCGGAGAGGAUGUAAAUUUUUGUUUUUAAAUUUUCGUAUCAACCCUUCGCACAAAAAGCGCCAUAGCGUUGCAUUCGGCUUUGGGUUCGAUACUGGAAAAAAAAGGAUGUAAGUAUUAGGAAAGCCCCCGUUCAUCAUUCCGUAAAUGCACCGAGUAGUGAAACCAUGCGAUGAUUAUUAGUAGCAACAAAGAAGAGGAAAUAAAAAACACGCGAACGCUAGAUAGAAGUAAAGUGUUCUAAUGUAAAUUUUUAAAUCGAAACACACUUAAACAUGAAAACUUAAGACAACUCUUAGCAAGAAACAAAAAAAAAAGACACUUGAACGUAGGGUUUAAAAGUAGUGUUAAUAUUCCUUCCCGUAAAGCACACUUAGACAUAGCACACUGAUCGCUCAACAGCAAUCCAAGAGGAUCGUGUGUAAAUGAAGAGAGAUAGAGAAGAAGAAAAAAACACCCAACAAACAAAUCUUACCCGUUUAUACUCGAAAGAGUUCGUGUUCAGUUUAGCGUAUAGUGGAAUGUAUAAAAUCGGCAGUAAUAAUAAUAAGCUCCGCCGCUUAGUGUUAAUAACUGGUAGAACCCUUACUGUUUAUAUCUUAGUAAUUAGUAAGCUAGCACAGUACGUUCAAACGUGUCGACAACCCGCGCUUUCGUCGCCUUUUCGUCCACUUCGUUUCUCUCCUUCGCCCCGUCCUCCCAUUCUUCCCUAUCCAUCCAUUCCUCUACCGUGUAUGAUUUACGAUAAGCCGAUCCUUUUUGUAAUACAACUGCAUAAAAAAAACGCACACCAUUGUUCAUAGUAGACGUAGUAGUAAACUCCGGUGUACAUAUAGCAAAUCGAUUGUUGAGCAUACGAGAACGCCGAAUGUGUAGAAAUGUAUUAUUUAAUAAAUGCUUUAUCAAAACCAGAACAAAAUACAUGCAAAUGGCUACGUUAA